CUGUGGCGGCUCAAAAUUGCGCAUGCGCGGAAGUCUAAGCCCUCGUCUCUAUGGUCGUGCGUUCGCUCUAUCAAAGAAAACUCUAUGAAACCGGAAGUAGAUCCUCUUUGGCCGGAAGUUGAGAGCUUGACAAUGGCCACUGCGACUGACCAGUUGGUUGGGUACGGCUUGGUAGCCUUCAGCCUCCUCCUCUUUGCUUACUAUACCAUCUGGAUCAUCAUUUUGCCCUUCAUUGAGAGCGAACACCUGAUUCACACGUUCUUCUUGCCGCGGGAGUAUUCUGUCAUCAUCCCGGUUGUGGCAGGGCUGCUGUUGCUGCUCUUCGUAGGAACUUUUAUCGCCGUCAUCUCAUGGAAGAACCGGAAGGCUGCCAAGAAAUCAGCUUAAAGGCGGCAAGGUGGAGGAAGAAGACAAGCAAAGGGAAAAGCUAACAAGAGAUUGGCUGGAGUGGCAUGUUUCUUUCCUUGUUCAGCCCCUCGGAGCUAGCAGGCAGUGGCUGAUGCUGGCAGAGGCAGUGGAAUUCGAACACUGUUCUCAUCGAUGGGUCUCGAUCCAUCCAUAGUUUCCAGUGUUUAUGGACCAAAGGGAUUUGAAGCAGCUUCUCCUUCAGGAACCCACAGAGAUGCUCUUCUGUACCUCCCUCCAAAUUCAGAUACAUAGACUGGGCUAAUUUCUCACCUACCCCCAUGUCUUCCCUUAAUAGGAUUAUGAGAAACCAGAUGUUUGUGGCAACUCCUCCCAUGAUCCCAAUGAAAGUGUUAUCCAUCUGGGGCAACUCGAGCUUUCUAGAAGACCUCUUUUCUACUCUUCUCCUUUUCCCAACUAGGAUUUUAUUCAACAGCAGCAGCAGCAUUUUUAGGUGGCAUAGUUUUAAUGCAGGGCCCAGUUGCUGCAUUCAGUAGCUGUGUAAGUCAAGAGGGCUAAGCUUCCAGGUUGACCAACAAGUGAAUGAGACUCUUCCCAAUUGAUGUGGAGCCCUUUGAGUUGGCUAUUCUAGCUUUGCAAAGAGGGGCACAAAAAGCGCAUGAGUGCCCUCUGGUGUCAUCCUGGGAUGUUGCUCCAGUUUUGAAAUGCCUCUUCUUUGGAACCAUAAACUGAACUUGGGCUUCUUCUACAGCAGUGAUUCCCAAAGUUUGGUCCUCCCUAUGUUUUGGACUUCCACUCCCAGAAGCCUUAGCAGCUUGGCCAAUACUCAGGAAUGCUGGGAGCUGAAGUCCAAAACAUCUGGAGGACCAAAGUUUGUGAAUCACUCUUGUACAGUUUAAAAUCACACAUCUGUAUUCAGCAAAGUCGGCAGCUUUGCUUCAAUAACUGAGGGACAGCCGCAGGCAGAACCAUUUUCAAGGUUGCUUUUUGCUGCCAUGUUAAUUAUCCCCUCAUCUUUCCAUUCAGAAGAAAAAGCAGAGGGAUUGUCAGCAUUUAUCAUUGAAGAUGGGUCUCUGGUUCAAAACAUGUUUAAAUCACAAUAAACCUAUAUAUUUUUAGGUUUCUGUUUAGAAAAUCCACAUUUUGGAAUUCUAUCCUCAGCCUCCAUCUGGCAGAUGAUAAUGUUGGAAGCUCUUGUAAUAAAGCAUGGACCAAAUUCUU